CAGUAUCGAUGCCAACAUAUGUUUAAAGUACUCAUUCAAAGCGGUGUUUUUUUCGUGUAAACAAUAUUUAAUAAAAAUUAAAGCAAAAUGGCCUCAAAUAAUAUGCCAGAGGAGAAUUUCGAAGGCGGAGAUUUCAACUUUGAUGACGAUGCCGAUGAUGACCAGUUUGUGUCCACAAAUUCCGGACGAAAGCGCCUUUUCAGCAAGGAGCUGCGCUGCAUGAUGUUUGGGUUUGGCGACGAUAAAAACCCGUACACGGAAACCGUAGAUCUGCUGGAGGAUCUGGUCAUUGAAUAUAUCGCGGAGACCACGCACCGGGCCAUGGAAAUCGGGCGAACAGGUCGUGUCCAGGUGGAGGACAUUAUCUUCCUGGUGCGCAAAGAUCAACGCAAAUACGCCAGGGUCAAGGAUUUGUUGACCAUGAACGAGGAGCUCAAGAAGGCGCGCAAGGCCUUUGACGAGAUCAAGUAUGUGGGCACCGAGGGCAAGCUCAAAUGACAGCGGCCCAAAAAAGCACUACCAAAUCCAGGAACAAGCCAAUCCUAGCAGUAAGCUCCAGCGUACGAAUUAUUCUAAAAGUUUUUAAUACUCUAAGCUAGCCCAUAAUAAACUAAUCAAAGUAGUCUUCAAUGUCAA